AUGUCCUUCAGUUUGCACAGAAAACAUUUACUCACUGCAGAAAUUCACACAAAUGCAGCAUACAACAUGUGUGGCAACCACAGGGCCUUAUGUGCUCCACUUUAUGUGUGUCUCUUCCUACUGUUGACUUCCGGCGUAAGGUCGACUUUUGGAGUACAUGUCUACACUUCCGUACAGACCCGGCGAUAUCCCCAUCAAAACUGGACAUGGCUUAAAAACGAAACCACCCCAUUGAACAAGGAAAUGUAUCAGAGGGAUUAUGUCCUUCCACCUUUGGAAUUGCGUGAUGAACCACAGACCAUCGGGCCUUAUUUUACACCAAGGAAACUAAGUGGCUAUUCGGAAAUUAGGAACAACUACAUGCCAAGGCAGCCUUCUGUUUUUGAUAAUGGGCAUUCCACCAGUCUUCACAGUCGUAUUUCCAAGAAACCAACAAAUAGAGUAAACAGUUAUCCCCCUUGGUACGCUGAUAAAUAUAGACGAUACCAGAGAGAUGAAGCUGAUCCAUUUACUGACGGUAUCAUACCUCAGCCAUGGAACUACCAACCUCGAUGUAGAUCAUGUGGUCGGCCGUUGCUCCAAGAUUCAUUCUGUUCGGAUGAUUUCGUGCUCCGCGUUUUUGUUUACAAAGAUAUCACAGCCAACAACGGUGUGCGACAGUAUCUUGUCUACAUUUACGACGUGUACAAAGAUAACAAACAGUUUUUUCAUCCGACGCAUUACAGUAGGAUCAUGUACAGGUGUGACCGUUUUCAAACCGGCCCUGAUCUUGGACAGGUAUAUCUGAUAACAGGACUUUAUGAGGACGGAGUCCCAAACGUAGACUCUUGUUCAUGGAAAGCAAGAUGGAAUGAUGUGACAAGACAACAGAAACGUCAUCUGCGUUUCAAAUAUCAGGCAUACUGUGGAAUUUGUAAAAUUCAACGAGUGCUUCGAAUUAAUCCUAUCUACCAUCGGCGUUCAGAUACGUGCUACGUUGCGCUUACGCCAAAUCCAAACGAGUUGGCCUGUCGUGAUCGGUUCUCUAUUUGUCGAUACAAACGUCAAACACAGUCGUGUGGAUUCAAUCAGCGCACUCCGUACGAAAUCUGCGAAAAGUGGCUCUCAGUAAAGGCUUGAAAACCAAUCACUACAAUUGUUCCAGUGCAGGUAACAAAGUGUCAGACCUUUUACACUCACAAGAGGAAACAUAUUACCAAACAGAUAUACCAUGCCCACAUCCAUACGAGAAUUUCGAACAUUUAAGUCAUGAUGGAAAGAACUUUCGAAAUAAUCUCAAUGCCAAAGAAGCGACAAUGAUCUGCAACGGCGUCAAACAUUUCUCGAAUCGACGAAGACAUUAGCUCCGUCUGCAAAGUUUCAUUUACUCCAAAACACGAAUGAACCUAUGAAUCACCAAUGCAGAUUAUGUUCACUCUGAACGCCUUAAAUCGAUCCAUUGACACGUGUAUUUUAAUUGAUAUAUUUUGUGAAUAUCUAAUAACGGUAAAUUAUGUGAUCAACGUGAAAUGUUUCUGUCUUUUGGCAGCAUGUUAAGCACAGUCACCCGUGUUAAAAAGAACAUUCACGAAGAACGCU